AUGAACGGUCGCACGGCUGCCGGCAAAACUGCAGGUACUGGAGGUGAGAAAGCUUGGGCUAGUGGUCGUGUUCUCACUGCAGAACAACGCGCGCGGAAACAGGAAGUCGAUCGCAAAGCAAACAGGUUCUUGAAGAAAGAAGUACAGGAUCGCCUUGCGCUGCUGGAGGCUCGGGUGCUGCAACUGGAACACACGUCAACCGAAACACGGACUGCGAACCCCAAUCCAGGCCUCAGCCCACAUGGUAUUGCCUCCAGCACCAGCUCUAAUGGCGCAGAGCUGAGCAUAGCACCUGAUGGAUCCAUAUUGACCGUGGCCGAUAAGGUCUCAAACUGGAAUGUGGCAGCAAGUGUAUUCGAUGCUUCACACGCAAUGACCAGUGGAUCUAAUUCUGGCGGCUCUGUCGACGACCAUUAUGCAGCAGGCCACUCUGUCGCUGGCGCACCGAACGACCCAGACCAGGAGGAAUUCGUCCACCCGAGCAGAGCCCAUCCAAGCAAUGGACAUCCGGAGCUCACAGGCGUGUACACAGCGGCCAAGCCCGUGCCGUCUGGUCGCGAUGUGACAAUGUUUCUAAAUAACUUGGUAAAUCACAUUCGCAUGUUACCACCGGAUCGCGUCUGCUUCGAGGAUCGAUACAAUCAGGAUGUCAUCAUUAAUGCAGUGUUGAAGGGCUGGAGGUACUCACUGAACCGCUAUGACCAAAUCUGUCCGCUUUGGGAAGUGCUCCAAACCGUGGACUUGUGCUUGUUCAAGGAAUGCAACCUGAUUGAGAGGCUAGGAUGUCUUCGGAUGUUGCAUAAACGAUACAUAUUUGAGAUCAGAAAUACGCCGGUGGCAGUGGAGGGACCGCUACCGGUCUGGUAUCAACCACAUAUGACGGAGAAGUUAAUCGCUCAUGAUCCUGUGAUCGAUCAUUUGACCUGGCCAGCACUGCGAGAAAGGUUGAUGUCCACAAAAGUCGAUGUUCUCACAAAUAAGUUCUGGGCCUUGUGGGUGAGGAAUCUCAAAGUAGCUUGGCAGUACGAACCUAUGGAUGUGCUGGCUCUCUCCUCGGACUCGUCCUUAUAUCAGCUGUCGAAUCAAUUUGAAGGGGCGAUACUGAACAUGGCGAACUGGAGAAUGGACGUCAAUUUCUUCUACGAUUUCCCAGGACUUGUCGACGAUAUCCCUGCAGCAAACUACAUGCCUCUGAGGACUUUGACACCAAAGUUUGGUCUUGUGGAGCGUGCAAAUGCAGAUCACAGGCGGCAGAGCAACACCGAACAGCAGCAGCAGCAGCAGCGAAGACCAAUAUUCCCUAUCAACACGACCACAUCCCAGCUAGUAUCCCAAGCUCAGCCAGAUCCGAUGAUGUACCAACCUACUGGGCAGCCGGUCCACGCCUGGACGGAUUUCUACCCAUUCGAAGCUCAUUGA